AUGGCUUCCGCGACCGAGCAACUUUGUUACAUCCCUUGCAACUUCUGCAACAUAGUUCUUGCGGUGAGUGUCCCAAGCAGCAGUCUGUUCGACAUCGUGACCGUCCGAUGCGGCCACUGCACCAAUCUGUGGUCUGUAAACAUGGCAGCUGCUCUUCAGUCGCUUUCACGCCCUAAUUUCCAGGCAACAAACUAUGCAAUGCCAGAGUAUGGAUCUUCCUCAAGAGGCCACACCAAAAUCCCUUCCAGAAUUUCAACUCGUACCAUUACGGAGCAAAGAGUUGUAAACCGUCCUCCAGAGAAGAGGCAGCGAGUACCUUCAGCGUACAAUCAAUUCAUAAAAGAGGAAAUCCAGAGAAUCAAGGCAAAUAAUCCAGACAUAAGCCACAGAGAAGCAUUCAGCACCGCCGCCAAAAAUUGGGCCCACUUUCCUCAUAUUCACUUCGGUCUAAUGUUGGAGAGCAACAAGCAAGCUAAGCUAGCUUAA